AUGAUAUGGAUCGUCAUUUUGAUGAUACGCUGUAUAGCUGAAUUGGCUAUACAGCUCGAUAAGUCGAUAAGACAGGACUUGAUCGUGGGGAGCUUUUUAAGAUAUUAUCAAAAUGAUAAUUUUGAACCUUUUCGAGAAAACAGCUUUUUUCGAAAUGUCGAGAGUAGAGCACAACCUCAACGCUUCGCUUAUGAGGCGUGCAAAAUAUUCUUUCUAUGCAAUGUCGCAAAUUAUUGGUUAUGGCUACCAUCCUACCUAUCAUCGAUUACUGCUCUGUAG